UCCUGUGACGUAGCGCUAGCUCCCGAUGCUACACGCGGGAAACUGGUGAAGCCACUCAUCAUAUAUACAAACAUAGCCUUGCCUGGAGCUGAGAUGGGAGACACGCUGGAGUUCAACGAGAUUUACCAGGAAGUUAAAGGCUCCUGGAAUGAUGGGCGGCUGCGAUUCAGCAAACAAAAUGUUGUUUACAAGAGCAGCAAGACAGGGAAAGUGGACAGCAUCUCUGCUGGUGAUCUCAACAUGGCCCAGUGGAGGCGAGUGUGUUUAGGACAUGGCAUCAAACUGGGCACCAGCACAGGAAACAUCUACAAAUACGAUGGCUUCAGGGACACAGACUUUGAAAAGAUCUCUGAAUUUUUCAAGGCUAACUACAAGGUGGAGCUUACAGAGAAGGACAUGUGUGUGAAGGGCUGGAACUGGGGAACAGCCAAGUUCUCAGGGCCGCUCUUGUCAUUUGAUGUAAAUGACAAUACUGCGUUUGAGGUUCCACUUUCUAACGUCUCUCAGUGUGCCACUGGGAAGAAUGAAGUCACUCUGGAGUUUCACCAGAAUGAUGACACUGAGGUCUCCCUCAUGGAGGUCCGAUUCUACGUCCCGCCCAGCCAGACUGAUGAGCGAGUAGACCCUGUUGAAGCGUUCGCCGAGAAUGUGUUAUCUAAGGCUGAUGUGAUCCAGGCCACAGGAGACGCUGUGUGUAUCUUCAAAGAGCUUCAGUGUCUCACUCCCAGAGGAAGGUAUGAUAUUCGUAUCUAUCCAACCUUCCUUCACCUCCAUGGUAAAACCUUUGACUACAAGAUUCCCUACACCACUGUCCUGCGUCUCUUCCUGCUGCCACACAAGGACCAGAGGCAGAUGUUCUUUGUGAUCAGUCUGGAUCCGCCCAUCAAGCAGGGUCAGACGCGUUAUCACUUUCUGAUUCUACUGUUCUCCAAGGAAGAGGACAUCAACCUCACCCUCAACAUGAGCGAGGAGGAUGUGGAGCGUCGUUUUGAGGGAAAACUCAGUAAGAAUAUGUCAGGCUCACUUUAUGAGAUGGUCAGCAGGGUGAUGAAGGCACUGGUCAACCGCAAGAUCACUGUGCCUGGAAACUUCCAAGGUCACUCUGGGGCUCAGUGUAUCACCUGCUCCUAUAAGGCGUCCUCUGGCCUCCUCUACCCACUGGAGAGAGGCUUCAUCUAUGUCCAUAAGCCACCCGUACACCUGCGUUUUGAGGAGAUCUCCUGUGUCAACUUUGCCCGAGGCACCACCACAACACGUUCCUUUGAUUUUGAGAUUGAGACCAAGCAGGGAAACCAGUACACCUUCAGCAGCAUUGAGAGAGAGGAAUACGGAAAACUGUUUGACUUUGUCAACGCAAAGAAGCUCAACAUCAAGAACAGAGGUUUCAAAGAGAAGAAGGGCAUGAAGGGUAAAACUGACGAGUACAGCGACUCGGAUGAGGACCAGCACGAUGCUUACCUGGAGAGGAUGAAGGCUGAAGGCAAGAUCAGAGAGGAAGGCAACGACAGCGAUGAGUCGGAUGGCGAAAGCGAUGAGUCGUUUAACCCAGGAGAAGAGGACGAUGACAUUGCAGAAGAGUAUGAUAGCAAGGCCUCGGCAAGCGACAGCAGUGAGGAAGGAGACGAGAGCGAAGACGAGAGUGCAAAGAAGAAGAAGGCUAAAAAAGUUAAAGUAGUGAAGGAGAAAAAAGAACGGAAACCACGCAAAGAGAAGAAGCAGAAAGAUACUGGCGGCCCAAAGAGACCAAUGAGUGCCUACAUGCUUUGGCUGAACUCCAGCCGAGAGCGAAUCAAGUCAGAGAAUCCAGGCAUCUCCAUCACAGAGAUUUCCAAGAAGGCGGGAGAGAUGUGGAGACAAUUGGGAAAAGAAGAUAAGGAGGAGUGGGAAAUAAAGGCAGGAGAGGCCAAGCGGCAGUAUGACAAGGCAAAGAAAGAAUACAAAGAGAGCGGUGGUGGUGGUGGUGGUGGUGGUUCGACCUCAAGUUCUAAAAAGGAGAGUAAAAAAUCUGCAGUUAAGAAAGAGACAAAGAGGAAGUCUGCCGGUGGAGACAAGGACAGGGAGCGGGGAGGAGGCAACGACAGUUUCAAGAGCCGCGAGUUCAUCGAGACCAGCGAAGAGAGUUCAUCAGACUCUGACCGAAAGAGCAAGACUAAGAGCAAGACCAAGAACAAGUCCAAGAGAAAGAGGGAAUCAGAGGAGGAGGAGGCUGUGUCCACACCUGCCAGCUCUGAGGAGGAAUCUGACUAAACACACACCCUUAAACAUGGUACACACAAUUCCAGGACCAAUCAUUUUUAUACAUUUAAAUACCAUACAAACAGACUGACAAACGAACCAGGAGACUUUACUUGGAUUUUUUUUGUCAUCUAUGUUCUUCUUUGAUGUGACAUUUGAACAGGUUUUCACACAAACACUGGUAAACUGUUGUACCAGGUUCUCCACCCCCCCCCCAUCCCCCCCAAAAAAAAUUAAUUACUGGAAUUUGUUUGUUUUUUCGACUCGCUUAUGAAGAUGGUUGGUUUAGGUUUAUAGCACUGAGGAGUGUAGUUCAGUUAAUGUGGCUCAGACAGAGAGAGACGAUGAUGCCAUCCCCAGUUUCUUCUUCUUGUGUUG